CCUGUAGGGAACUUUGUCCCAGAGUUCAGAAAAACAGGCGCAGUAUAAAUACCCCAGCAGAGGGGGUGGGGGGUAUCUGAGACAUCUGAGGAAGAGAAGACCCAAACUAAAGGAUCCUGAGAGCAGCAGACCGGACAAGGUCUGUGGUGGGUGUAGAGAUGUGGGCAGGGCUCAGUGUGGCCCUGGCUCUCUGCGUGCUCGCGGGCUGCAGCGCAGAGAGUGAUGGUGAUGGAGCUCGCUGUAAACCGCCGGCGGUGUGGAAGAUCGGAGAUGUAGAGCCGCUGAAAGACAGCCUCGGCCAAGUGACCGUGGUGGCCUUUCUCCAGGCCAGCUGAUUAUUCUGUCUGGUGCAGGCAGCCAAAUUGGACAGCCUGCGCCUGAAGCUGGAGAAGGCAGGAUACGCCAACAUCACGUAUCUUGUGGUGAACAGCCAGGAUGAAAAUUCCCGGCGGCUUCAUUCCCUCCUGGAACAGAGGCUUUCAGCAAACAUCACCCUGUACGGCCAAGAACCUGACGCACAGGACAUAUGGCAGAUCGCCAACGUCAUGAAGGAUGACUUCCAGAUCUAUGACAGAUGUGGUCGACUAACUCACCACUUGUCCCUUCCCUACACCAUCCUGAGUGGACCGCAUGUGGAGGAGGCCAUCAGAAACACCUACUGUGAUAGAACCUGUGGGGAAUGCUCUAUGGAGAGUUCCAUUCAACCCCAGGAGUGCAACGGGACGGUCGAGGAAAAGCCUGUAGUAGAAGAGGAGGAGGUGGGACGUGGACACCAUGGAGGAGGUCACCACAGUGGUCACCAUGGGGGUCACCAUGGUGGUCACCAUGGAGGUCACCACAGUGGUCAUCAUGGUCACCAUGGAGGUCAACAGAGAGGUCACCACGACCAUGAAGGUGGCUCACAUCACCAGCAUGGCCACCAGGGUCAGGUUGUGUUUAGCCAGGUCCAGCGGGGUCAGGUGGUUCACAGACACACAGACAUGGGGCAGUUAGGCCUGAGGCACAUAGACCUGGGUCAAGUAGCUCAAGAAGCAGGUAACCCCCAGGUGAUGAAUCAGCCCUGAGCCAAGCGCUCCAGGUGUAAGAUCCAGUACACCUGACAGCAGGGGGGUCUUUCCCAGACCACCAGCUGAUGCUGACACUGACGGCGGCUGAUCGGCAGUCAGUCGGAGGAGCCGGCAGCUCUCUGACACUGUGAGGAGCCCCUCGCGGCUUCCUGACACUGACAGGGGCUUGCGGCGGGUGACAACAACGUCAGAGAAACCUGACAGUGACGCUCCGCCUCGACGGCUGACUGACAGCUGCCUCAGCCGUCCUGAAACUGACCUGCAGGGUCCAGCGUAUGAGAAUGACAGGUGGUUUAAACAGGGACACUCUCCCUGUUUUAAACUCCUACUCACUUUCUCAUGUGCUGUUAAAACAUCAGUAAAGCCUGCAGUGUUAAUAUUUGCCUCCUCAGUGCAUUGCAGCAGUGGACCUUAAUAAUCAACAACAAACUGAUUAGAUGAUAUAAAUGUAUAUUUUUGUUGACGCACUAAAACCCUAAUUUGACCACAGACUGAGAUAGCAUUCAUGUAACAUUUGUUUUUGAGUCAAACAAGCUGACGUUAAACAUUGAGUACAGACUAAGCUAGCAUUCAUUAAUCAUUGGCUACCAAUUGAAUAUAUCAUGCAAUUUAUAUUGACUACAAUUUAAUAAACUACUGAGUCAAAAGAGUACACAAUGAACACUUACAAAUGUACAGCAAGCUAACAUGAUUUGAUCUUUUGGCAACAAGUCAAAAAUUACAAGCAUUUUAUAGUGACUACAAAUAAGCAAGAAUUUAACAUCAACUAUGAAGCCAAAUGAGCAUAGAUUCAACACUGACGGCACAGUAAGUUAACUUUUUUUUAACAGUUUUAUCGAUUGGCUAAUGAUUUCGAUUAGCAUGCAUUUUACAUUGACUAUGAACUGAGUUAGCAUCAAAUUAACACUGGCUAACAAAUCAAAGUUCAAAAAUAGCAAGCAUUCUAUAUUAAAUGCAAACUGAGUUAGUAACUGUAACAUUGGAUGAUAUAUUUAUAUUAGCACACAUGUAGUACUGACUUUGUUCUGAGUUGUAAAGCACACAGUCAGUGUUACAUGCUUGAUAUUAUAAACAGCUGAAUAAUGCUACAUUCCUGAUAACUCUAAUACUUUAAAGUAAGUAUAAAUACAUAUUAUGCUAUUAUGAAUUGUUAGCUAAUUUUAAAUGCAUGCUAACUUGGUCAAUGCACAGUCAAUGGGACAUGCACGUUUGUCUAAAUCUUUAGCCAGUGCAAACUUUAUGCCAAAUCAUUACAAACUAAGUGUUAAACAUGGAUACGAUUACUAUUUAUCUAAUGUAAAAUGUGUGCUAACUCAGUGCUCAGUUUUGGUCCCCUGCUGCAAUCUGAGGGUGUUUAGUGCAGUGAUGUUGAUGUUGUUUCCACCUCGUCAACUUUGAUUGGCUUUCAUGAAGGCCGGUGCAUAAACUACGUUCUAGUGGCGCCUGUUGGAUUUCCAGCCAAUCAAAGAGAGGAGGGAAGACCAUGAACACACUGCACUCUCUUUAUACACACCUACACAUGAGCUUUAAAGAGAUUAACAUUCUUCACCAUAUGCUAGUAAAUGUAGCAUAGCAUAGCAUAGCAUGCUAACAAACAUAUGCAAAGAGCUGCGCUGAAUUGACUUGAUUAAAAAUGCACAUUAUUUAGGCAUCAGCGGAAUAUAUUGCAUGAACACGGAGUUUGUGUAACACAUUUUAUUCAUGGUUAAAUGAUGUACUCUGAAAGUAAAUUCAGUGCAGUUCUGUAGAGUUAGAAAAAUCACUUUAAACUGCAGCGCAGUCAGUAGGUCACAGCUAUUAAUGUCUAUAAUGUUAAGCACUGGCACAGAUCGGGCAUUAGGCACAGUUACUGUUCUACACUGGAAUCAAACACACACACACAAACUCGGAGGGAUGAAAAGAAAAAGAGAAGCGGGAGCUAAAACAUUUUAAAUACUUAAUGAAGGUUUUCUGGUAAACUUAACUGAAGCUAGAAAACCUGAUAAACUGUAUAUAUGAAUGUUCAUGUUCAUGCUGUUGGACUGAUGAGCGAGUUUAAAAUGUGUGUAAAAUCCAUUUAUUCUCCAUGUUAAGCUGCAAUAAAAGUGUAUUAGUAUAAAGAA